AUGACUAUGCAAGAUAUGGCGCCUACAACGAACGAAAGAUCAACGUAUUGUAUCCAGACAUCAUCCUCUUCUUCCCCAUCGUCAUCGUCGUCAUCGACGUCGAUACUCCAUCCACUUGUAAAUGACGUCCUUUCCUCUCGUGUGUACUUGGAUACUAUAGAACGGCGCGCACCGGUUGUCGAGGCAAGACGCAAACGACGACGUCUGGCUGCGAACGCGAGAGAACGCAAGCGCAUGAACGGACUCAAUGCAGCCUUCAACGCGCUUCGGUGUAAAGUAACUAAUUACAAUGGAGACAGUUUGCUUUCGAAACAUGACACUUUGCUGAUGGCUGUGAACUAUAUUACUGCAUUGAGAUCUAUGUUGGAGGACGCAGGCUCUGAGAGCAGCGAAAGUAGAUGUGGAUCACCAGAUUAG